GUUUAUCUAUCAACUGUCAAUGUCAGAAUCCAUAUUCAGACUCCCAUUAGAUGAGCUGUUCUAAUUUAAAGAGAAAGAAAUUUUUGUUGUUCUCUUUAGUUACUGUUAUAAAUUAAAAAAAUAUUCUAUGUGAAUUUUGAUAAUAAUCGUGUUAUUUUAUCACAUAUGCUGUGUUGCGAUUGAUGUUGUGCAACGGCACAAUAAGAAAGAAAGUCAUUAGGAACGAAUACACUAAAAAUAAUUAUGGCUACAGCAUAUAGAAGGGAUUACAGAAGGCAACCUACUAGUAACUUCACACACGUCAGCCCUUGUGUGAAAUAUCUCAUAUUCCUACUUAACUUUGUAUUUUGGUUAUGUGGAGGCCUUUUGAUUGGUAUUGGUCUAUAUACAUUUUUUUACAAAUUACAACUGGUAGGAUGGAUACGACUUGAAAAUGUCUACGACGUCAUUUUGAACAUAUCUUUAUUAAUGAUUAUAAUGGGUUGUGUUGUAUUUAUAGUCAGUUUCACUGGCUGUUUAGGAGCGCUCAGGGAAAACACGUGUUUGCUCAAAUUCUACUCUUUAUGUUUAUUAAUUUUCUUCCUAUUGGAAAUGGGAAUAGCCAUUGGCGGUUUCGUCUUCCCCCAUUCAAUGCAAUCAGUACUAGAAGAAAAUUUCACCGACAAAAUUAUACAUACUUAUCGUGAUGAUUUAGAUCUGCAGAAUUUCAUCGACUUUGCUCAACAAGAGUUCAAAUGUUGUGGACUCAGCUCCGAAGGUUACAUGGACUGGUCGAAAAAUGAAUAUUUCAAUUGUAGUUCCCCUAGUGUCGAACGUUGUGGUGUACCAUUUUCUUGUUGUAUGAAUGCGACAGACCUCAGCUCUAGGCUGGUCAAUAUCAUGUGCGGAUAUGGAGUGCAAACAUUAUCUGUGGCCGAAGCAAGUAAAAAAGUAUGGACAUCUGGUUGUAUAGAAUUAGUGAGAUCUUGGGCCGAAAGGAAUUUAUACACAAUAGCGGGCAUCGCUCUGGGCAUAGCCCUUUCUCAACUCUUCGUCAUCUAUUUGGCCAAAACUCUUGAAGGGCAAAUAGAUCUCCAAAAAUCAGGGUGGGUUAGUUGAAAUAUAGGGACUAUUUGUAAAUAUGAGGUCCAAACUUUUUAAUACAGAAAAAAAUGUGUUUAAUGUACUGUGUAAGUCUGUAACGUUUUUAAAAAAUUUUCUUAUUUACUUAUAGCCGUGACUUAUAUGUGUUUUUUAUUCAUAAAUAUAUGUAUUUAUAUAAAAAAGCUUUUGUUUUGUUGUGUCCUUUGUUAUUGGUGUGUGGAGUAUUAGAUGGUGUGCCGUAGACAUAAAAAAACGCUUCGAAAACUGAUAAUUUUUAAAAAAUUUCGCUUCCAAACGCUUAUUCGUCAUAUUGUUCGAAAUAUUUCGCUUUUCAUUUAUCUAAAUUAUCUAUAAAUCACUUUAAAUCAAACUUUUUUUUACUCAGUUUCCUUUUUUCAGUUAUUUCGAGUGUUUGAGACGAGAAAAAAUGGAAUUGGAAUUAUACGAAUAAAUUUUUUUACUUC